GCCCUCGGGGGUGUUUUUCCAUGCGGUGUCUGGUCAGGUGCUGGCUGCGCACAGGCUGGAGCAGCAUCCAGUCCGGCUCUGGACGUCAGCAUGGGGAGGGGGAGGGAGCCCGGGCCGGCUCCGGCGCCGUUGCUGAGGCAGCAGGAGCCUCAGCAGCAUCCCUGAGAGCCAGGCAAGCAAACUCCUCCUCCCUCCCGAUCUCAUCUCGUCUCUCUCCCUGCUUCCUUCGCAAAGAUGGCAACCGAGGGGCUGCGCGAGAACGAGACCCUGGCAUCGCUGAAAAAUGAGGCUGAGACCCUGAAGGGCAAGCUGGAGGAGGAGCGGGCCAAGCUGCAUGACGUGGAGCUUCAUCAGGUGGCAGAGCGUGUGGAGGCGCUGGGCCAGUUUGUGAUGAAGACCAGGAGGACCCUGAAAGGCCAUGGGAAUAAAGUUCUCUGUAUGGACUGGUGCAAAGAUAAGAGAAGAAUUGUGAGCUCUUCCCAGGAUGGGAAGGUGAUCGUAUGGGAUUCCUUCACUACCAACAAGGAACAUGCAGUGACGAUGCCAUGCACCUGGGUGAUGGCGUGUGCGUAUGCUCCCUCUGGAUGUGCCAUUGCUUGUGGUGGCCUGGACAACAAGUGUUCUGUGUACCCUCUGACAUUUGACAAAAAUGAGAAUAUGGCUGCAAAGAAGAAAUCGGUUGCAAUGCACACAAACUACUUGUCUGCCUGCAGCUUCACUAACUCAGACAUGCAGAUCCUGACAGCAAGUGGAGAUGGAACUUGUGCUCUGUGGGAUGUGGAGAGCGGGCAGCUUCUACAGAGUUUCCAUGGUCAUGGAGCUGAUGUCCUGUGCCUGGAUCUGGCCCCUUCUGAAACAGGAAAUACUUUUGUCUCUGGGGGAUGUGAUAAGAAAGCCAUGGUUUGGGAUAUGCGGUCCGGUCAGUGCAUCCAGUCAUUUGAAACCCACGAUUCAGAUAUCAACAGUGUCAGAUACUACCCAAGUGGGGAUGCUUUUGCCUCUGGUUCAGAUGAUGCCACGUGUCGCUUAUAUGACCUUCGUGCAGACAGAGAAGUAGCAAUUUAUUCCAAAGAGAGCAUCAUUUUUGGAGCAUCUAGCGUGGACUUCUCUCUCAGUGGUCGCCUGCUGUUUGCAGGCUAUAAUGAUUACACCAUCAAUGUCUGGGAUGUGCUGAAAGGGUCCCGGGUAUCCAUUCUGUUUGGACAUGAAAAUCGUGUCAGCACCUUGCGGGUCUCUCCGGAUGGGACAGCAUUCUGCUCAGGCUCCUGGGACCACACGCUCCGAAUCUGGGCUUAACCUGAGAUCCUGUAUGCAGAAUUGAGUGAAGACUGAAAUCCUGGAAUACAAAAACUGCAUAAAACCACCACUCCUCAAAAUCAAAUACUUGCUAUACCACAAAAGAGUGACAUCAAACCCACAGGCUAACACAGCUAGGUAGAAAAUGCAAUCUGCUUGAUCAUAUAGCAAGCACCAACCUGUAGUAAAAUGCAAUAUUUUUAAUUCUGUUUUGAAACUAUCUUCUUUUAUUAGAACUAGUUUAGAUAAUUAAAAAGGGACUUUUCUCUGAAGUCACCUGUAUCAUAGAAUUGAGUAUUUCAGUGCACAUUAUGUAUUUAUUUGCAUGAAUUCAGUUCCUUUUUAAAGUAAAAAGAAAAAAAAAGUUUAAAGAAAAAAAAAAGUUUAAAAAAAAUCCUGAUUUCUGAUUUUUAUCAGGAUGUAGCAUAAGACUUUGGAAACAUUCCGUAGUAGCUCAUUGAAUUCUGGUGGUGAAAAGUGGAAAGAAAAUCAAUUCUGAUACUUUAUGGUGGUGUUAUGAAUGACUGAACCUUGGUAGUAAGUAGAAGAGCAAAGGACCUACUGUGAAGGUACUGGCUGUUGUCAUAAAAAUGUAUUUUUUGUACAGAAAAGGAAUCCUUUCAAUCCCUGUUUUUUCCUACUGUCUUUUUAGAUAGAAAUAAGUAUUUCAUCUCUGUUACCUGAAUAUAAAGAAUCUAAAUAUAUAUAAACUGAUAAGCUGCAAAAAGGAGGGAUAUAAACAUGAUUUACUUAAUCAUGAGGUAAUACUUAACCAGUAGUUUCUUAGAAAUUUUUAAUUGUAUCACUUGGUGAGUGAAUUUUCUUUUACUUAAAGGAAUAUUACAUGCUAAGCACUAAGGGAUACUAUCCGCUGAGCGCUGAACACUGUUAUACUGAUGCUCAAAUCUUUUCCAAGUCAGUCAUAGUCAUUCUACUGUCAUGAUUCUUACUUGCAUUUUGAGCAGUUCCUACCAUUUUGGCAGGGCACUGUAGCUUACAAUGUGCAUUGAGGCAGUAUAUUCCCAUUUUAAGGCCCUUCUGCAGUGUCGGAGCAGUGUAAGUUCCUGCAAAUGCCUGUCAAACCUUAGAAGUCCAGUUGUACAGUCCUUACUCCAACAGUAAUCUCCUACUACUAGCAUGGACAUAGUUUUGUCGUAUUUAGAGUUGGGAAUUCACAACAGUGAGUUGUUGAAAACCUGCUGUGAGCACGGUUCUGUCAGCAUUUGACACCGUGCUCACCAGAGCAUCUGAUCCAGGAACUGCUGGGCUUCAGGAAAGCAGUACAGCCGCAUUGCUGGCAGCACCUAGCCCUCUGUGUGAGCAUGGUAAUGCAAUACAGACUGGCAGGACUAUGCCUGUGAGGAGCUGACGCUGUAGAAUGAAGAUUUAAUCAGAUAAAGCUAAGAUACAGUUAUUUAUAGAACUACUGGGAAAUUAUAUCUGCAUAUAUACAUUGGAAGCUAUUGAGUGUGUCACCCGAGCAAAGGGACAUAGGGAGCAAAGUGCUGGAGUAAUGCUGGGGGCUUGCAUGGUCUGGCCUUUGAAGUGCAAGUGGUGAGAUACGUCUCUGAAAAGAUUAAAGAUAUGGUUUAUAUUUAGAUUGAAACAAGAGAAAAUAAGCUCACUGGAGUGGCCUUGAUCACAAGCUCACUGAUCACUGGAAUUGACUGUUCACCCAAGUUUGAUAAUAUCCUCAUUCUAUUUGAAAAUGGGAUUUCUUUACAAUUCUAUCAAAGUUGUGUUAAGAACAAAGCCUCCUCAUUCAGGAAAACAUUAGGUUCCAUGAAUCCACAGUUACCCCAGGACACUGACAUUUGUGUGAGCCUUCACACUUUAAUGAAAUAGUCCAGCUGUUCUCACUUGGAAAAGCCAACUCUGAUGCUUUGCGAUGUUUGUGGCAAACUAUCCCUGUAACAAACUGCACUAUGGAAAUGUCAUAUAGAGCUCACUGUGCAAUACUGAGUCAAUACACUGUACACAUCUGAUCAAAAGAUUAAUAUUAAUGUUUAGAUAGUAUUUAUUGGUAAGAUGUUUGUUUCAAACAUACUACAUUGUGUUGAUACUUAUGAAUGGCCUAAAUACAAUAAAUUGUAUUUUACAUAUUGAGAA